AUGUCAAUCCUGUGUGGUGUGCCUCUUUUUGAGUGUGUGUACUGUCUGGCUUGUGCUCGUUGGGCAUGGAAAAGAUGUCUUUAUACUGCAGGCCAUGACAGUGAAACUUGGGGUCUUGCCACAGCAGAAGAAUUUGAGCCUGUCCCUCGCCUUUGUCGCUAUAUUUUAGCCGUGUAUGAAGAUGAUAUUCGAAACCCUCUUUGGGCUCCUCCUGGUGGCUAUGGAAUUGACCCUGAUUGGUUGGUACUCAAAAAGACUUAUGAAGAUACACAAGGGAGGGCCCCACCCUAUAUACUGUACCUUGAUCAUGAUCAAGCUGAUAUAGUUCUUGCCAUUAGAGGACUAAAUUUGGCAAAAGAGAGUGACUAUGCAGUUCUGUUGGACAAUAGAUUGGGGAAGAGGAAGUUUGAUGGAGGGUAUGUUCACAAUGGGCUGUUGAAGGCUGCUGGAUGGGUUUUGGAUGUUGAAUGUGAAAUUUUGAGGGAAUUGGUAGAGAAGUAUCCAAACUAUUCUCUUACUUUUGGUGGACAUUCCCUUGGAUCAGGUGUAGCAGCAAUGUUGAGCAUGGUAGUGGUGCAAAAUCGAGAAAAACUUGGAAAUAUUGAGAGGAAGAGAGUUAGGUGUUAUGCUAUUGCGCCUGCUAGGUGUAUGUCACUGAAUUUGGCAGUCAGAUAUGCAGAUGUCAUCAACUCUGUUGUGCUUCAGGAUGACUUCUUACCAAGGACAGCCACUCCAUUGGAAGAUAUAUUCGAGUAUCUUUUCUGUUUGCCAUGCUUAUUGUGCUUGAGGUGCAUGAAGGAUACAUGUAUACCAGAGGAGAAGAUGCUGAAAGAUCCAAGGAGACUCUAUGCUCCAGGUCGCCUUUAUCACAUUGUUGAGAGAAAGCCUUUCAGAAUGGGAAGGUUUCCUCCCGUUGUGAGGACAGCAGUGCCAGUAGAUGGAAGGUUUGAGCAUAUAGUCCUUUCUUGUAAUGCGACGUCUGAUCAUGCCAUUAUUUGGAUAGAGAAAGAAGCCCAAAGGGCUUUGGAUUUGAUGAAGGAGAAAGAUAAUACCAUGGAAAUACCUGCAAAGCAAAUCAUGGUGCGGCAAGAAACAUUAGCUAGACAGAGUCAAGAAUACAAAGAAGCAUUACAAAUGGCUAAAACAUUAGAUGUUCCACAUGCUUAUACGUACCAAUAUGGAACCUUUGAUGAAGAGGGAGAGGAGAGUUCAAAAAGAUCACAGGCUGAGUCUUCUUUUAGUUCAACUAAUAGAAGUACAGUGGAUGAAAGCUGGGAUGAAGUGAUUGAGCGUCUUUUUGAUAAGGAUGAGCAUGGUCACAUUGUGCUCAAGAAAUAA